GAGACCGGAGAGGCGCACGAGAGCCGCCGGCCAGUGAGAGUGAGAGUGAGAGUGAGAGUGAGCUACCGAGCCCGUGCCCGAGCCCGUGCCACAGCCCGACGAGUACUCGCCACCCCUUGAGUCCGUUAGGCACGCGGACAGGAAUCUCGGCUGGAGCUGCAACUAGGCGCGCCUCAUCCACGACGUCGCGCACCGACCUCGAAAUCCUCGCCGAUGGGCAGCCUCGGAGCUCCCAGGGACGGCCCCGUCUCAUGAGCCUCCGGCCCGGUGCAGCGGCCUCCGAGUGACGAUGGAGGGGGGAAAGCCAAGGGCGGGUAGGUCGGGAGGUGCGAAGGGCCCGGAUUUGGCGCUCCGGCGCUCGAGCGCGAGCUGAGGCCCAAGGGCCCGGGCCUCGCCACCGAUAUGAGCGAUCUACAGGCCACACUCGAGUUCUCUCUCGAGCUCUGCAAGUUCUACAACGUCGAUCUCUUCCAACGCGGGUAUUACCAAAUCAGAACCUCGCUGAGGGUAUCGCCGAAAUUGCCGAUCAAGGUGGAAGUUAACCAGCUGCACAACCACCUGCUGGAGGCCCCAGGCACGAGCAAGCGCUUCCAGAUCCAAUACCGCAACGAGGAGGUAACCCUCGGCACCUCCGUCCUCUUCCGGGCGCACGUCCUCGUUCACAGCCACAAGAUCGAGGAGGCGCUCGCGCGCACCAACUUCAACCUCGGCGUCGAGCUCUGGUUCGGCGAGCUCACUCAACCCGGCAACAUGGUUUGCGUCUCGUCCAGGGCGCUGCAGCUGAACUUUACGCCGACCAAGGGCCUGCAUUACCAUCUGCCGGUACUCUUCGAUUACUUUCAUCUUGCCGCCGUCUCCAUGACCAUCCACUGCUGCCUCGUCGCUCUUCACCAGCCCAACAUCAAGAAGAGCAUUCUCCAUUAUGUACAGAGCUGCGCACCGAGAGGUGGAAAGCCCUGGGUACAAGUGAAGCAAACAUCGCCUAUUAACAUGGAAAAUAAUUCGGCUUUUAGAAAUAUCGUAAGUCAUUAUACAGAAAUUCAUUGCGACGACGCGCUGCGUCGGCUCAGCUACUCGAGUGCAACACGCGAAGCUCGAUCAGCAGGAGGCGAGCAGGCUCCUCAUUGCCGCCCCGCCCGCGAGUCCCUCCUCGGGGAUCUCGCCGACAUGGCCCGGCUACUUCCCGCCUGGCAACAGCGCGCCCUCGAGGUCGCCCAGACCACCCACAAGGAGAUCACCAUGAUGAUGGACACGGAGGAGGUGGACGUUGCUCAGCUGUGCGCGCAAAAUAUUGUUUUGUGGGAACAUUUUUUAGAGGCAUUCUCGGGACGGGAGGCGGUUCAUCAACAUCUCGCGCGAGUUCAUCAUCAGUUAAGGGUGCGCCGCUUUGCCGAGGGCUUCUUCGUGCUGGAGAAUCCCAGGAGUUCGGCCGCGGGCUGCUACGACGCCAACUACCAAUCGUACCACGCGGUGAGCGAGGCCGCCCGACGAUCCCGCUACCUCGGCAGCCUACCUUGCCUCCCGGUCUAUUGCCCGGAGCUCGACGGCGACCUCCACAGUCUGCCCCUCAUCUUCGAGGACCGCUACGCGGACAUGCAGCAGCGUCAUCGUAACAGCGUGCCGAGCGCGGAGGACUGCAGCUGCGGCAUUAACGCGAUCCUGGAGUCGCGGGUGUCGCAGGAGGCGGGCGGCUGUCGGCUGCUGCUCGGCGUGGCCUCGAGCCUCCCGGCGCGGCAUAGCAAGUCCUUGGAGCAGCUGGGCCCGGAGCCCGGGCCGACGAGGCUGCUGGAGCCGACGCCGCCGUCGCGGUCACUACCGAGGAGCGCAUCGACCCAGCUCCUGGGCAGCGGGCAGCGGAGAAUCGCGACGGCGCCAGCUACGGUGCCAACCAGGACCAAGCCACGUCCCCUCGCGCCCACGUGCGCCAGCCUGUUCCCGCCCUGGCCCGGACAACAGGCCUGCUCCGCGCCCAACCCUUCACUAGGCUCGACCCCCGUAGCGACGCUGCCGCGCGCAAAGUCGACGCAGACCCUCCUGCCGAGCCCCCAGGUGCCCUCGAGCUCGAUAACGUCCCUCCUCGCGGCCAUGUUCCCGGAACUGCCGCGGGAGCUGCCAGGUUACCGACCGGCCAGCGGUAACGCCCUCGACCUCAAGGGCCUCGCGGACUGCCUCGGCUUCGACGCCCGAAGCGCGAGCUUCUUCGCCGAGGCAGACGCAGGCAGCGUGGCCCUGAGGCUCGAGCCCCGGAGCCACCGACUGCCGCCGCGACAGCAGCUCGAGAGGCCCCGUAUCAACGGCGAGACCCUCUGCACGACGGCGACCCUCGACAGGAUCAGUUACCGAGGACGAGCGGCCAAGCGUCAGCUGCACUCCGGAGUCGGCAAUAGACUCGGCGGUAACGGGACGCUCGAGCAGCCGCGCAAGUACAAUACCCUCGGGAGAUCGAGCGGCUCGCGGAUACAAUCCCGAACGAGAGACCAGAGGCCGAUCAUCAACGGCUCGGGACACCCGACCAACGGCAAGCAUCUGCCGUUCGAGAGCCAAACCCUGCCGAGGCGACCCAGCAGCACCGACCGUAUCUUCAACGACGAUUUCCGAGAGACCGAGCCUUGGGAGAUGAGGUGGGAGCGGAGGGAGAGCUCGAGGCGAUCGAUUUCCGAGGGCUCGAAGAAGUCACCCUCACCCUCGACGGCUCGCCGAAGACGCCCCGAGCCCACCUACGAGACGAUUGCCAAUGGCGAGACCUUGAUUAAGGAAGUACCCCAGCCUCGAAGGCAGGGACGUCCAGGCUCGGGGAGGCCCACAACCACGCCCAGCAUCAAGAUCGAGCGGUGCGCCGAGGGUCGGCUCGAGAACGGGAAGAUCGACGUGCCCAUGGAAAAUCCAGGGAAACUAGGUCAUCCACCACCACCGGCGGCAUACCAGGAUCCGACGAAUUCACCGAUGAAGCAACGACAUAACCCGAGUGUCCUGGAAGUGGAGACCAACAGCAGGAUGAUACUAAAAGUCGAGCCUCUCAAAUCGCCCAGCGAAUCCCUUAGUCCUGGAAUUCUCUCGCCAGUUUCCAUAGUUUCCAUUAAUUCGUUCAAUGUGGAGACGGAGGGAGCGUCGACGCCAAGCGGUAAACGUCUGCGCUGCGCUAGCGUCCCGGUCGCCCAGAACAAACUCAUCGUUCCUCGAAGUGCCGUCUCGAUGCCCUGUAUGCCGAUCCGCGACACAAUCCCCGCAGCCCCCGAACCAGGCAAACCCCCGGCAACGCCUUCGACCUCCAGGCCCUCCAGCCCCACCACCAGUAGCACGAGCUCCAGCAAUCUCACGUCCGAGUGCAGCGGCUGGGUCAGCAGCGGCGACACCUCGAGCUCGGAGCAAAGGCGUGUAAAGCUGUCGAGCGAGCAACUUCGACAAAAACUCGCGAGGAUCGUGCCCAGGAAAGACAAGACGAUGGGAGUUGGACUGAGAAGGACUGAACGGCUUUUUUCGAUCCCACGGACGCAGGAGAAGAGCAAAGCUCGCGACAAGGAUGAGCGAUGCCAGCAGCCGGAUACGAAGAGGCGCGACGGUCCCUCGGAACACAUGUACGAGGAGGUGCGUUUACCGCCACCGAAGAUGUUCCAGGACGAGCCGCCGCCGCCCGAGGAGUUCCGGGACCCGCCGGCGGCCGCUACCACCAUCGACAAUCCCCUCUACCACGUAUACGAGUCCGUGAUGCAGCAGCAGCAGCAGCAGCAGCAGCAGCAGCAGCAGCAGCAGCAGCAGCAGCAGCAGCAGCAGCAGCACCAGCAGCAACCACAUCAGUACCAUCAGCAACGAGCCGACAGAUCCUCCAGCCCCAAGCAGACCAAGACGGCGCCCUGCAGUCCCCAGCAUACGAAACUCCAGGCGACGACCGACGUCCCGAUCUACGGUGCCCGACACGAUCUCUGCGCCGACUGCUAUCAGGAGGGCAAGGAGCUACUCCAGUCCACACAGGACGACUCUAUCAACUUCAAGAAGUCCAAGGAGGAGUUCAAGAGGCAGAUGUGCUUCGCCGGCAAGCUAUACAGCGAUUAUCCGAGCUUGGCGUCGUCGCUUCCGUACUUCCAUAUCAGCGACGAGUACAGGCAAUUUUCUCCGGAAGGCGUUCACCUUAUCAUUUGUGUGCACGGCCUCGACGGCAACGCGGCCGACCUUCGCCUCGUCAAAACCUAUCUCGAGCUCGGAUUGCCGGGGAUGCACCUGGAUUUCUUAAUGUCUGAAAAGAAUAAGGGCGAUACGUUCUCGGACUUCGACACGAUGACGGACCGACUGGUCGGUGAGAUCCUCUGCCACAUCGAAAAGUCACGGCUGAACCCGAGCAAGGUCAGCUUCGUCGGCCACUCCCUCGGCACGAUCAUCAUCCGGAGCGCGCUCACAAGGCCGAAGCUCCGUCCCCUGCUGCCAAGGCUCCACACCUUCCUCAGCCUCAGCGGACCUCACCUUGGCACCCUCUACAAUACCAGCGGCCUCGUCAACGCCGGUAUGUGGUUCAUGCAGAAGCUUAAGAAAUCCGGUUCGCUGCUCCAACUGGCGAUGAAGGAUGCGACGGACGUGCGUCGCUCGUUCAUGUUCCGGCUUAGCCAGAGGAGCAACCUUCAGAAGUUCAAGCACAUCCUGUUAUGCGGCAGUGCUCAGGAUCGCUAUGUACCACUGCACUCGGCCCGCAUCGAGCUUUGCAAAGCUGCCGUUCGCGAUCCUACCGAUCAAGGUGCUGCGUAUCGCGAGAUGGUGCACAAUAUCCUGUAUCCGAUAAUGUCGGCGCCGAACGUGAGCCUCGUGCGCUAUGACGUCCAUCACGCAUUGCCGCCAACCGCGAAUGCCCUCAUCGGUCGCGCAGCACACAUCGCCGUCCUCGACUCCGAGCUCUUCAUCGAGAAGUUCCUCCUAGUGACGGGCCUCAAGUACUUUAGAUAAGGAUACAAUUAACUAACUCUCUCUCUCUCUCUCUCUCUCUCUCUCUCCGUCUUUCAUUAUCCUAGCAAUUUGUUGAUCUUCAAAUCUUCCGACUCACCUGAUCCCAUCACCCACACCUCAACGUCUUUCCUUGGACGAACUUGCGAGUUCUCGCAGUCGGCGACGUAGACAGCCUUACAUUAACUUCCGCGGAAACUGAUUUUCUUCUUUUCGCGUGUAUCCUUCGAAAUAGCUUUACUUGCGUCUAGUUGGGGAAAAUCGUCGCGGUUGCUGCAUUCGACAGCGGUUAAUCGUCGACUUGAGCACUUGGCAACUCGAGCGAUCUCCUACACUUUUUUAAUAGAUGAUAUAAC